AUGGAUGGGGCAAACUGUACCGCUGUGAAGGAAUAUGUCCUGCUGGGGCUCCAGGAGCAUCGUGACCUGGAGCUGGUCCUGUUUGGGUUUUUCCUGGGCAUCUAUUGCAUGACUGUACUAGGGAACUCCCUCCUCAUAGGGUUGAUCACCCUGGUGCCCCACCUGCACAAUCCCAUGUACUUCUUUCUCAGUAACCUCUCCCUCAUAGACAUCUGCGGCACCUCCUCCUUCGUGCCCUUCAUGUUAGCUAACUUACUGGAAACCCGAAAAACCAUCUCCUUCCCAGGCUGUGCCCUGCAGAUGUAUCUGACCCUAGCGCUGGGUACUACAGAAUGCCUGCUCCUGGCCGUGAUGGCGUAUGACCGUUAUGUGGCUAUCUGCCAGCCACUUAGGUACCCAGAGCUCAUGCAUGGGCAGAGGUGCCUGCGGAUGGCAGCGCUGAGCUGGGGAACAGGCUUUGCCAACUCGCUGCUGCAUUCCAUCCUCGUGUGGCGCCUCCCCUUGUGCGGCCAGAAUGUCAUCAACCACUUCUUCUGUGAGAUCUUGGCAGUGCUCAAACUAGCCUGUGGUGACGUCUCGCUCAAUGUAGUGACAACAACGGUGGCCACGGCUGUUCUGACAUUGACCCCGCUCCUCCUCAUCUUCCUCUCCUACUUUUUAAUCCUGCUUGCCAUCCUCAGGCUGCCCUCUGCCACAGGCCGGCGCAAAGCCUUCUCAACCUGCUCUGCCCACCUCACGGUGGUGGUGGUGUUCUACGGGACCAUUUCCUUCAUGUACUUCAGACCGAAGUCCAAGGACCCCAAUGUGGAUAAAAUUGUCACAUUGUUCUAUGGGGCCGUGACACCGUCACUAAACCCCAUCAUCUACAGCCUGCGGAACGCAGAGGUUAAAGCUGCUAUCACAGCUCUACGAGGGAGAGCUCUGCUCUCCAGGAAAAUGCCCCAGUUUUGCUGCUGCUCCCCCAUCUCUUCAGCAGGCAUAGGCAAGGCUAUAUUGCGGUGGUAA